CGCUUAGCCCACAUCGAUGCUGCUCGACCUCCCAGUCAAGCGCAUUGAUGUCCUUAUGCCUUGUCAAUCACGUCAUCCAAUUGCUCUCCGACGGUAACUUCACACCUCUUAUCUCUAUGGAAUGACCGGUCGUUCUAUCAAUAAUCUUAGUAUAAGUCGAUACAUCAUCCAAGUAUUGGAUCGCUGGGCGGCGAAACAGCCAUAUUUUGAGGACGUCUACCGGUCUCUAUUAUUUGGCUCACUGAUCCUCAUUCAUGACAUGGCGUCGAACAUCGAAGAUGUGGAGGUGCAGUUUCUUCCGAACACGAGAUUUGUCCAAAGUGUUGCAACAGUAAACCUUCUCCAGGAUACGUGGAACCUUGCAAAGGAAGCAUGGCCUCCAAUGAUUCAUCUCGACACAUUACGGCCUUGACGCCCAACUUAACAAGAAUGUUUCACUCGUCCGUAUACAACAUCUAGACUCCUCUUUGGUCUGCUCUC